AUGAAUCCUCGGCAAUCUCUAUUAGUGGUAGCUAUACUGCUAUUGACCAUUACUACUGGAUACGCACUAACGGGUACAGCACUCGAAGGAAUACAGGAAAACGAUAUUCUUGUCCAUCAACUCCUUAUACAAACUGUUCAAGGGUGCAACUUAACUUGUGAAAAUGGCGGUAGUUGUGUUUCAAAUGGUAUUUCAUCAUAUUGUAUUUGUCCAUAUGGUGUAAUUGGAAACUUUUGCGAGUAUCGAUGGGAUCAAUUUGAUGCUUGCAGCAGCAUGCCUUGUAUGAAUUAUGGAUCAUGUAUUUCAAGUAACAAUAGCUAUUAUUGUGUAUGUCCCUCCGGAACAACUGGGUAUCGCUGUGAAAUAAAUCAAACUGUAUCUGACCCAUGCAGUUAUUCACCUUGUCUUAAUCGUGGCACAUGUGUUCCGAUGGGCUCUGAAGCAUUCUGUAUUUGUCCAUCACAAGCUUCUGGUCGUUAUUGUGAAAACGGCUCAUUAGAUCCAUGCGAUUCGUCACCAUGUUUAAAUAAUGGCACUUGUAUUGCACGUGAUGAGAUAUUCGUAUGUGCAUGUCCACGAGGAACACUCGGACAGCGAUGUGAAACAAAAGUACCAAUAACAUGCAAUGACAGUCCUUGUAUGAAUGGUGGAACUUGUUAUCAAGGAGACCAUUCAUAUACAUGUAUCUGUCCUGGUAUUUAUGAUGGUCAAGAUUGUGAAAGAAUAAAUUUCUCAAAACAAUGUCCAUUGGAUUGUUCACCUGGUCAAUGCGUUAUUACUGGUAACUCAAAACAUCCAUACUUAUGUUCAUGUAAUGGUACAUAUUAUCCAGAACGUUGUAGUGGAAAAUAA